GGACUCGUGGGUCAUGGCAUUGAGAAACAAAUUCAAGAACAUGCGUAAGAAGGCGGAGAAUUGCUCUGAAGAAAUGUUGGCAAAAAAAAGGCACUUCCUGGUCAAGCGGAAACAACAGAUGGCUUCUGGUGAAGCUACAAACAAGAAGUUAUGCCGCCUUUUUGAUUGCAGUCAUCUUGUAGCAUAUGGAGAAACUGCCGAGUCAUUGAGGCUGCACAACGAAUGGCUUCAAGACAAUGCUGGCUGCCAAGAUGAAGAGGCAGUAAGGCCGAGGCUGCUUGCAACAGCAAAAGACAGGCAUGAACAACUUCGCAGCCUUACGCUGUCAGAUGCUCUGUUGCUGUUCCCCUUUCUGGCAACUGAGGCAUCGCUUCUCGUGGAGUUUGACCUACUUUUCCAAAGAAACGUGAUGGAGGCAAUGGAGAAUGGCUGCAAGCAGCUUGGUUACACUAUUCUGAGCUUUGGAGAAGCAGAAGAGGUUGUGGCAUUUUCCGAAGUGGGAUCCGAGGAUGCUGUUCUGGCAGCUCUGCAGUUUGUAGCAAAGCGCUGCAAGGAGCCCAUAGAUAGCAUCAUUACGCAGGAAGAAGCCCCGCUGACCCCGUGUCUGGUGCAGGAUGAAGGAUUUGCACUGCACAUCGACAAGCAACUAGUGUUUCAAGUCUCCUCGCUGCUUUCGGGAGUAGCCUGCCUCUUUGCAUCCUUUUGGGUGUUUCAUGUGGAAUACCCACGAAAGGCGCACAAAAUGUUAACAUUCAUAGAACAUGCAUUUCUGAACUUAACGCACACAAAGCCGCGCGUCAAAGCUCUUCAACUAAUCAAUUUUUUCAGAGGCCAUGCAGACUCCCUGGAAGAGCCAUAGGCUACUAACCAGUGGCCACACUCAAGGCCUAAAAAACUUCUUUGCAGCCGAUUCUUGUGUAGAGUUUCACAGCCCAAAUGAUGAUUUGGUCCAAGGGCUGGGCAAUCUGAUGUGUUAGGAAGCAGAAAUGCCAACUUCGCAGCUGCAAAGUUAUCCAGUGCGAUGUGCGCCGAUGCAUUUAGGAU